UUUAGGGUAAAAAGGAAAUGAUGCUGGUAAAACUUGUACAAGAUCCUGACUUACUGACAGCUGUUCCAACAGAAGACUCAUCCUCACAAUGGUGCAUGUACUUCCCACUACAAUCUGGCAGGAAGAAGAGUCUCAGAGAAGACCAGGAAUUGUUGAUAGCAGAUAACGAUAGCGUAGGAAAAUCAUGGUUAAAAACUAGAAUCUGGCAAAUUCAUGCUCCAGUAUUGCCUGGUGGUCAGGAGAAAAGAAAUUCAACCUUUUAAGAGGAUAAAGGCUUGCUAACAGUGUUGUCCAAGGCUUCUGCUCUUGUUAACAGCACUACUUGUUUACCUAAAGUAAUUCAUAGAUACAGAAGCCUGACUUGCUGCCCUUGAGCAAAGGUAUGAAAAGUUCAGUAACAUUUCUCUGAUACCUUUGGUAGUGCUUGGUGGUGGUACCUAGUGCUUUAGUCGUGUUGUCCUGCUUCUGUGCAUCUCUACUGACAGAACAACAAAAAGCAUUUUAUAGAUGUUUAUAAAGCCUUGUUGGGGAUGGAUGUUGCCUGUCUCCAAGCUUAUAGCUGUCCCAGGUCUUGGCCAGUGCUGGGUCUCUACCAGCCACGCCUGGUGCCUGAGCUGCGGUGCCGGAGCCCCUGCGCUCUCACUCGGGCUGCUUCUCACUGACUUGGUCAGGUGUUGAGCGUGACCUGCUGGAGCCAUGGCCCAGGUAAAUAGUUGUUUGUGAGGGAAUCCUCAGGGAAUGAGGUAUGUAUUAUCAACUGAAGGAAUAUAGAAAAUGCUUGUUGUUCUUACUGCUGUUCAGAUUUAAUUUCUGUAAUGGAAUCACAAAGCUUUCUUGUUCUGUAUUGAUGUCUCUUAAUCAUGUGAGCUGCUUGCUUGCUGGACCGCUGCUUCAGCCCUGCCUUAUUAGAACAGGUCACUAAUGUAUUUUAGAAACCAAUUUGUGUCUUCACCAUCUGUUUGGUGGUUUUUUGUUUUUAGUUUUUCUCCUGGAAGAAAGAUAAGAGCCCGUUGCUGGAGCUCCUCAUUGGCUUUCUGUUCCACCGAGGUUGAACUUAACAGGAAAUCUGGCGUACGGUGGCCCUUACUUCUGUGCAUUAGUACGGGCUUGAAUGCAUUUGCUGAUAGAUGGGUGAUCCCUCCCCAGCUGUUAAGGAGGCGAUGCGCUGUAGUGGAAGCAAGACCUGAAUACCAGCUUUUGCAAAGUGUUCUGAAAGCAAGCUGUUACUUUUGCUUUUCUUGUUCCCUGGGAAUAAAAAGCUAAUCACGUGUAAGGCUCAACAGGAGAGAAAGGGGUGGGAAGGCAGUGAGAGGGCUGCACUAAAGAAAAAGGGCAGGAAGGUGCGGAAGAUAGCUUCUUGAGCCCUCUUCAAGGAUGCAGGGGCUGUAAUCCAGGAUGAACGAAUGCUACUAUGAUAAGCGCAUGGACUUUUUUUAUAACAGGACAAACACUGACACAGCAGAUGAGUGGACAGGGCCAACGCUUAUUGUUGUUCUGUGUUUUGGGACGUUUUUCUGCCUCUUCAUUUUCAUUUCAAAUUCAUUGGUCAUAGCAGCUGUGGUCAAGAACAAGAGGUUUCAUUUUCCCUUUUAUUAUCUGCUGGCCAAUUUAGCAGCUGCAGACUUUUUUGCUGGAAUUGCCUAUGUCUUCUUGAUGUUCAACACUGGCCCAGUGUCUAAGACAUUAACUGUAAAUCGCUGGUUUCUGCGUCAGGGUCUUCUGGAUACCAGCUUGACUGCUUCCCUCGUGAAUCUUCUUGUCAUAGCUGUUGAGCGGCACAUGUCAAUUAUGCGGAUGAAGAUCCACAGUAAUCUCACAAAGAAGAGAGUCACCUUUUUAAUUAUAUCAAUUUGGGCCAUUGCUAUUUUUAUGGGUGCUGUUCCUUCCCUGGGUUGGAACUGCCUCUGUGACAUUACUGCCUGCUCUUCCCUGGCACCUAUUUACAGCAGAAGUUACUUGGUGUUCUGGAGCGUCCUAAACCUCGUUGUUUUCUUCAUUAUGGUGGUGGUUUACAUAAGAAUCUACAUGUAUGUCCAGCGGAAAACUAAUGUCUUAUCAUCGCACACUAGUGGAUCCAUUAGCCGCAGGAAAACCCCUGUGAAGCUUAUGAAGACCGUCAUGACUCUCUUAGGUGCAUUUGUUGUCUGCUGGACUCCUGGACUGGUCGUCUUACUGCUUGAUGGUCUAAAUUGCACCUACUGUGGGGUUCAGAAUGUGAAAAGGUGGUUUCUUCUCCUGGCCCUGAUGAACUCUGUCAUGAAUCCUGUAAUUUAUUCAUACAAAGAUGAUGAGAUGUGGAGCACCAUGAAAAAGAUGCUUUGCUGCUCGUCUGAUGAUAAGAGCCAGGAGAGACGCUCAUCACGAAUUCCCUCCACCGUGCUUGGCAGGAGCACAGACACCACAGGGCAGUACAUUGAAGAUGGUAUUAUUCAAGGGACGAUUUGUGGAAAAGGAGAUCUUAAUGAUAAAGGAAACUCCUGAGUAAUUCAAGGGCCUGAGUUGGCUGAGAAAACGAGGGGGAAGGGAGAAGUUUUGUAAGAGAAGAUUGACUGGCAAAACUGGUAAACAAUAUAUCCACUUCGUUCCAGAGCCUUAACUCCAGUGUUAACAAAAGUUCUUAUAAGUAAUUGCCUGAUGGAAAAACACUUUGUAAUGAAAACUUUCUGUGCUUCUUUUUCUUUCAAGUGCCUGAAGUUAUCUUUUUUUUUGUGAAUGGACUAAGUAUAUCUGAGAGACGUUCUGUAUGUGGAAACAAAACAUAAACAGCGUAGUGAGGUCCUCCAGUGAAUGGCAUGAACGCUUUGAACAGUUUCUUGAGAAGGACUGUAGGCUUGGUUGGACGGGAUUGUGGCCUCUUCGCUUUCCCUGUUUACAAGUUCAUACUUCUCCUGUCCUCCUCCUUCUCUUGCUUUCAAGAUAAGUAGUUCGAUGGCUUAUUAAAGCUGUGCCAGAAACCCGUCUGCGAUGGGAAGACCAAAUAUGUGUGCGUGUGUAUAAAAUUCAACCAUAAAUCAUCAGGACCUGACAUUACAAAGUGUACAAAAGCCAUUAUUACAGGCGGAUGAGUGCUGCAAGGAGACACGUUGCACACUUUGCUGCUGUCACGUAGGCAGCUGUGGACUAACAUAGGCAGGGUGGACUAACAGCAAGGCAGUGCUUAUUAAGCCUUUCUUAUUUUUCCAGAUAAUAUCAAAUGGGUGGCCUACCCUUCUUCGUGACUGCUGUGCCACUGAGAGAAAUGAUACCUGAGCCCAUGUUCUAGCACAGCAAACUUCUACGGGGUAUUUAAAUGUACUAUAUAGUAUGUACAGGCUCAAUUAAUUUAUUUAAAAUAAAAAAUAAUUAAAGAAAAAAAAGCCUGAAAACAACUUACACUCCUACAAGAAUACAAUAUGAAUUGAUCAUCUUACCUCAUCUGGACCACAUUUAACCUCUGAUUUGCAAGCAAGUCUUAAGGUAAGAUGCUUGAAGAAGAGGCCAUGAAACAGCAAGUGAUGAAGGGUUUUCAGCAUUGUGACUGAUCAUGCAUGCAGUCGCAGCUGUCCAAAAAAUGAAGUUUUGACUUACGGACUAUGCUCUAAUGGAGGAUCCAGCAAUUUAAAGCUCUAGGGUAAUUUUUUAAAAUCAUAAACUUUUAAAUUAAAAUUUUGAAUGUGGAUUUCUCAGUGGUCUAAGAACCUGUCUCUUGCUGUCCUAUUUCAACAGCAGUGAGCUCCCUGCUCCCCCUUCCUAAUUUCAACAGGAGUUACCUGUGUUGUCCUAGAGAAAACCUGAUCCCUGGUACUAAAUCAGGCAAUUGCAUGUAGAGACCACGUGGAAUUGUUGGAGAACAACAUCAAGAGUGUAUUGUACAAGGCCAGAAGAAAAUCUGUGGUUUGGUUUUGGGCAAAUUAUUUUGCUUGCAGAUUAUCUGGAUCAUGCUGGUUGAAGCAGAACCAGCACCUGGCUUAAAGGCCAAGUUGCAGAUCUGUGGAAGGCACUGGGGGAUUUGGGAGCAGGCCUUGGUUUCUGAGCACAGCAAGCCUAUGGCCAGAGAGCUCCCCCGUAACACAAGUUAGCUAGUAUGGGUAUGACCUAACAUUUCACAGUAAAUGCUGUAUUUAUGAGUAAUGCUGAAAAGGUUUACAUAUGUGGUAUUUUUGUUGGUUUUGUUUUUGGCCAUUAUAAUGCAAUGUUCUUGUGCAAUUACUACUUCAUUAGUCUGGUGUCUUGAAAAUUACGUAAAGUUGUGCUUUGUAAAGCCAGUGACAUUGCAAAGGCAUAUCAUGCAAACGUUUGUGUCCCUAGAGCUACCUGCAGUGCACAGUUUGUGUUAACCAGGCCAAAACUCAGUAUACAAAGCCAAUGGAAAAUAAAAUGCUACUUAAAAAUAAAA